GGCUUUUGCGAAUGCAGCAGCCACCUCCGAGCUCUUUACGACAUCCGUCUGAACGAUCAGCAGCUGGGAAGGAGUAUACAAUUCGGCGAGAUCGGACAGGGCUUCUAUGCGGCGAAGAGUUGCGACCACUCUAUUUCCGUUCUUCAACAGGAGCAAAGAGGUGAGCGUUGCAGAUCCGAAGAGCCUUGGGGACGUCUACAAGAGUCAUCUGGAGACCACAAGAUCAGGGCUGCCCGCCAAAGUCGACUCGGCUCACGCUAACUUUGCAGGCACAUUUGUGAAUGCGUCCGGUAUUUCCUGCGGUCGCGGACGACAGCGUGUCGAUUCCCUCAGCAUUCUCGCUCUGGGAUUCGUGUUCAUGGACAGCGGAAAUGGGGAGAUUACGAGCACGAUUUUGCAGACACUGAUGGAGAUGGAUGACAAGGCGUCGGAAAAGUGGGGACAAUUCAUCUUUCUUUGCGCAGCUACUAGUAGACCUGUUCAGUUUCCUUGCAAUAUUUAUCUUGCUGAUUCUGAAUCUCCCGGACAUUCACCAUACGAUACAGAACAGAACAAAUGUUGCUCAGACUCGCUGUAG